GACAUGGCAGUGACAGCGGAGCUGGAGGGUUACCGAGCCGGGCCUCGCAGCGCUCAGGAACCGGACGACGGGGGAUACUAUCCUGUCCCAGCAGAGGCUUGAGGAGGCGGAUUGAGGCCUAGCUCUACACCACAGACAACGGUCUAUCCAGAUACAGGUAUCCCAGGGCAACCGUGCUGCUCAGAAGCGGAGACUGUGCCGCCCGCCUGGCAUGAGGAGCCCAUGGGCCAAGAAGGAAGCCUGAAGGGUUCCUAACAAAUGGAGAACUAUUUUGAGGAAGAGUCAUGCAACCUGGAUAAAGUAUUAGAUGAGUUUGAGAAGAACCAAGAUGAGAGUAUUGCUCCAAGAUUGUUGGAGUCGAAAUGGAAUCAGAUCCUUAAUCCACCUUCUCCCAGACAAACGGAGAACCCAGUGCUAGACAAUGUUAGUAAAUCAAUCAUUACCAUCGAGGCCCACCUCAGUGUCCAGUCACCCGGUGUGAUAACUCCUCCAAGGUCCCCAUGUGCCAAUGGGAAGUUUGUAUGUGUAGUAUCAGAAAUGCCGACCAUGAUAACUGAGAACACCAGUAUGGCCGACGAGCAGCUGGAUAACCAAAGUGGAAUGCCCAAAGUUGUAUCGAGCACCCAUGCUGUAUAUGGCCAAUUGGAGUCUGGUCAGGCUGAUGUUAAACAUAAUGUUGAAUGUAGCAAGAGUUCACAACUGGGAUUUUCUACUUGCCAGCCUUUCGCCGACUCCCCUGCCUUUCCGCUGGACCAUGUAAACACUACUCCCAAUCAAUCAAGUGUGAAGGACAACUGUCAGCCGCCUGUAACACAGGCGAACCCAUCAAAGUGCACUGCUUAUAUUAAUUUAUCGGCUGACACAAACACCAUUGCUUGUCCAGCUAGCAAGAGCGAGAAUAGUAUUAACACAAAUAUAAACCCUAUGCCUAAAGAUUCCAGUAUUAAAGAGCUUAUUGUCACGUCACCGAAUUCUGAAACCAUGACGUCCGAGGCACCGGAGAGCUCGUCAGGCAAGACCUCUUCCCCGAGUACAGAGAAGGACACUGAGGAGCCGUAUUUAGACAAUAUAAAUCAAAUCUGUGAGCAGAUAAUAGACGAAAUGUGUGUUGGGCAGCAAUUGAGGUUUUCUCCUCCUUUAAGUGCAGACAAAAAGUCUGUAAAGGACUUUACAAGAGAACUUUUUCUUGCUGACACUGAUGAAGGGGUCACCAGAAACCAGGAUCUCCAUCAGGGUAGUUCCUCACUCUGUGCCCUGGAGGGUUUAUCUGACUCCUGCACCGUUAAUGGUAACUACCACAAUACCAAUUAUAAAGAGAUCCAUGAAAAGAAUGGCGGCGGUCUCUCCCAUGGCGUUCACGAAGAAAUCAUAAAGGCAAAUGUCUUCAUGGAAGAAACGGAGGGAGCGAUCAUCUCUAAAGGUGAUGGAGCUGAUCUUUUCAUGUCUCUGUACAAUGGGUGUGAUUCCUAUGGAAUACAGAACCCCAGCGUAGCUCACAACCCAAAGAGUUUACCGUCGAAAGAAGAUUCUGUGACAGAAGAGAAGGAAAUCGAGGAAUGCAAAUCGGAAUAUUAUUCCAAUGUUUACGAACAGCAGAGAGAUGACGAGAUCACGGAGGGGACUGGACUGGUGUUAAACCUCAAAGGUGACCAAACAAAAAAUCACUUGCACAACCUCUGCGGACCGGCUCCAACAAUGCAUGGGCCAACCUCACCAAAGGCCAGCAGCUUGCAACCCCUCAGUGUCCCCUAUGGCGGAGCUCGCCCCAAGCAGCCAACCCACUUGAAGUUACAGAUCCCAAAGCCAUUGUCUGAAAUGCUACAGAGCGACCUUGUUCCUCCUAACGCGGGCUGCAGCCACAAAAACAAAAAUGAUGUGUUAAACAAAUCAAACCAAGCUGAUAACGUGGCUUCAGGAGCCCCACACGAGGACGCAGCGCUGCGUAGCCCCACGAGCGAUGCAAAUGGCGAUCUUCCAGGAGAUUACAGGGGCUCUUGCAGCCCAUGCCUUGCCGUGUCCCCAGAGAGCCCGGAUAAUGAUCUCCUUGCUGGGCAAUUUGGGGUACCUGUUGCCAAGCCAUUUACCACCCUUGGGGAGGUGGCACCAGUCUGGGUCCCAGACUCCCAAGCACCAAACUGCAUGAAGUGUGAGGCCAGGUUUACGUUUACCAAAAGGAGGCACCACUGCAGAGCAUGCGGGAAGGUUUUCUGUGCCGCCUGCUGUAGCCUCAAAUGCAAACUCCUCUACAUGGACAAGAAGGAGGCGCGAGUGUGUGUCAUCUGUCACUCGGUUCUCAUCAAUGCUCAAGCUUGGGAAAACAUGCUGAGUGCGUCGGUCCAAAGCCCAAACCCCAACAAUCCCGCUGAAUACUGCUCCACGAUCCCCCCAAUGCAGCAAGCACAGGCCUCGGGGGCGCUCAGCUCGCCCCCUCCUACUGUCAUGGUGCCUGUUGGAGUCUUAAAGCACCCAGGAACUGAAGCGUCUCAGGCCAAGGAGCAGCGUAGGGUAUGGUUUGCAGAUGGGAUCUUGCCCAACGGGGAAGCUGCUGAUCCCGAGACAGGGAACGCGACCCCGGCGGUGGGGGCUCUAACGGUGGCGCACGAUGCCAACAAGCCCACGCCAAGCAACUCGCCAACCUCAGAGACUGAAAACACAUCUGGAUUCUGUGGCAGUUUGACUCAGGUUGGCAGUGCGAUGAAUCUCAUCCCCGAAGACGGGCUUCCUCCUAUCCUGAUCUCUACCGGGGUCAAAGGAGACUAUGCUGUGGAGGAACGUCCAUCCCAGAUGUCGGUCAUGCAGCAGCUGGAGGACGGUGGGCCUGACCCACUGGUCUUCGUUCUCAACGCAAACCUAUUGGCAAUGGUGAAGAUUGUGAACUAUGUUAACAGGAGGUGUUGGUGUUUUACUACAAAGGGAAUGCACGCCGUGGGCCAGGCUGAAAUCGUCAUCUUGCUGCAGUGUCAACCGGAUGAGAAGUGCGUGCCGCGGGAUUUAUUCAGCCACUUUGUGGAACUUUAUCGGGAAGCUUUAGCAGGGAAUGUGGUGGGGAACCUCGGCCACUCUUUCCUCAGCAAGAAUUUCCUGGGAAGUAAAGAACAUGGAGGCUUUCUGUACGUCUCCCCGACCUACCAGUCCCUGCAGGACUUGGUUCUGCCUGCGCAGCCGUACCUGUUUGGGAUUCUCAUUCAGAAGUGGGAGACCCCUUGGGCCAAAGUCUUCCCGAUACGGCUUAUGCUGCGAUUAGGGGCAGAAUACAGGUUGUACCCGUGCCCGCUCUUCAGCGUCAGGUUCAGGAAACCUCUUUUUGGGGAAACAGGCCACACAAUCAUCAACGUCCUUGCAGAUUUCCGAAACUACCAGUAUACGCUGCCAGUGGUGCCAGGGUUGGUGGUAGAUAUGGAAGUUCGCAAAACCAGCAUUAAAAUUCCCAGCAACCGAUACAACGAGAUGAUGAAAGCCAUGAACAAAUCUAAUGAACAUGUUUUGGCUGGGGGUGCGUGUUUCAAUCAGAAGGCUGACUCUCACCUAGUAUGUGUUCAGAACGACGAUGGGAAUUACCAGACUCAGGCCAUCAGCAUUCACAAGCAACCACGCAAAGUGACUGGUGCCAGUUUCUUCGUCUUCAGUGGAGCGCUGAAGACCUCUUCGGGAUACUUGGCCAAGUCCAGCAUUGUGGAAGAUGGGGUGAUGGUACAGAUCACAGCCGAGAGCAUGGAUGCACUAAGGCAAGCUCUGCGAGAGAUGAAGGAUUUCACCAUCACCUGUGGUAAAGCAGACGCGGAAGAGAUGCAGGAACACGUCUACAUACAGUGGGUGGAGGACGACAAGAACUUUAACAAGGGCGUUUCUAGUCCUAUUGAUGGAAAAUCGUUGGAGUCUGUGACCAGUGUCAAAAUUUUCCAUGGCUCCGAGUACAAAGCUAACGGAAAGAUCAUCCGCUGGGCAGAGGUGUUCUUCCUGGACAGCGAGGAGCAGCAAAGCGUCCUGAGCGACCCUGCGGACCACAGCAGACUGACCGAAAAUGUGGCCAAAGCGUUCUGUCUGGCUCUGUGCCCGCACCUCAAGUUGCUGAAGGAAGACGGAAUGACCAAGCUGGGUCUGCGGGUCAGUCUUGAUGCAGACCAGGUGGGAUACCAAGCAGGAAGCAACGGGCAGCCGCUACCCGCUCGAUACACCAAUGACUUGGACAGUGCCUUGGUACCGGUGAUACACGGGGGCCUGUGUCAGCUCAGCGAGGGGCCCGUCUCCAUGGAGCUCAUCUUUUAUAUCCUAGAGAACAUCUCAUAGGGAAGACAUUGGGCGUCUUUUCAUGAACUGCCACUGACCUGGUCAUUUGCACUUUAAUCAUGGAAGAUUCAUCUUUAUUUUCUUUUGCUGCACCAGAAUUGGGUUAGGGUGUGCAAGGGGUGGACACCAGAAACCUUUUAAAUCUUCUAUGCAUAGUCAGGGCAGAGUGUCGCUCUGGCGCCAGCUAACUGCGCUUAGUAAUUGAAUGGAGAGCCCUAAGUGGUGAGAACCGUUGGCCCUGGUGCAGGGUUGAAGCAAAAAUGGGGAGACUGACCCACAAUGUCAGCACGAAACAAAGAAGACCCCAUAUACAAUCAGGAAUCUCACUCUGACCUCAUUUAAACCAUUGCUGCAAACUUUUCCUGCUUGCCUUCUUAUGUUCUGUUUUACCGGAGUUUACAUUCUCUAGAGCCGCCCGAGCCUCCUGUCCUGUUUUAUUUGUGUCAUCUGCAUGACAGCGAGACCACCCUGAGAAUGAAAUAAACCUGCUCGGCUCCCAGCCCCAUGUACACGAAUCCAGCCGGCGACCAGUAUGUCUUCUGAAGCGCACAAAACUUUUGUCCACGUCGUCAUCACAUGGAAUAACGGAGCGUUUCCCGGGAGAGAAAUGAUCAUAGUACGUGUUUGCCGAGGCAUGGAAGUCUGAUGAAUACAACUGCAUCUCUUGUGUUGUUGUUAAUAGUUGUGACAUAAAUCAAAACCAGCUUACACUUU